AUGAACACCUUUGCCGCCUCCGCCGCCCGCUCCAUUCGGCCAACGACUUUCUCACGAUCUGCACGGCCAGCCCUCCGUCCUGCCUUCAGCGCCGCUACUAGACCUGCCGCCCCGGUCGCAUUCUUCCACCACACCAGACAGAACAUGGCGCAGAAGAUCAAGGUCAAGAAUCCCGUCGUGGAGCUCGACGGCGAUGAGAUGACCCGUGUCAUCUGGCAGGACAUCAAGGACAAGUUCAUCACCCCCUACCUCGACAUCGACCUCAAGUACUAUGAUCUCGGCCUGCCCUACCGUGACGAGACCAACGACCAGGUCACCCUCGACGCUGCCGAGGCCAUCAAGAAGUACUCCGUAGGUGUCAAGUGCGCCACCAUCACCCCUGACGAGGCGCGUGUGGAGGAGUUCAAACUGAAGCAGAUGUGGUUGUCUCCCAACGGCACCAUCCGUAACGCCCUGGGCGGCACUGUGUUCCGCGAGCCGAUCGUCAUUCCCCGCAUCCCUCGUCUGGUACAGGGAUGGAAGAAGCCCAUCAUCAUCGGCAGACACGCCUUUGGUGACCAGUACCGUGCCAAGGACAAGGUCAUCCCCGGCCCCGGCAAGCUGUCCAUGGUCUACACCCCCGAGGGUGGCAAGCCCGAGGAGAUCGAGGUCUUCCAGUUCAAGAACGGCGGCGGUGUCGCCCAGACCCAGUACAACACCGACGAGAGCAUCGAGGGUUUCGCCCACGCCAGCUUCAAGCUGGCUCUCGACAAGAGCCUGCCCCUGUACAUGAGCACCAAGAACACCAUCCUUAAGAAGUACGAUGGCCGCUUCAAGGACAUCUUCCAGGAGCUCUACGACACCACCUACAAGAAGGAGUUCGAGGCCAAGAACAUCUGGUACGAGCACCGCCUCAUCGAUGAUAUGGUUGCCCAGAUGAUCAAGAGCAGCGGUGGUUACAUCAUGGCUCUCAAGAACUACGACGGUGAUGUCCAGUCCGACAUUGUCGCUCAAGGUUUCGGUUCUCUUGGUCUCAUGACCUCGGUCCUCAUUACUCCUGACGGCAAGACCUUCGAGUCCGAGGCCGCCCACGGAACCGUCACCCGCCACUUCCGUGAGCACCAGAAGGGCAACGAGACCUCGACCAACCCCAUCGCUUCCAUCUUCGCCUGGACCCGCGGUCUGAUCCAGCGUGGCAAGCUCGACGAGACCCCCGAGCUGGUUGCCUUCGCCGAGAGCCUCGAGCAGGCCUGUAUCGACACUGUGGACCAGGACGGCAUCAUGACCAAGGAUCUGGCCCUCGCCUGCGGCAAGAGCGGCCGUGAGGACUACGUCACCACCACCGAGUACCUGAAUGCCGUCGAGAGGCGGAUGAAGAGCAUCCUGAAGGAGAAGUUGUAA